AUGGCGGAGGAUCAGGUCUGGCGUGGGGUGGGAUGGGGAAUGGAAGGAGUGCGACACAGGGAGUUUCAGCAGAGAGAGGCGGGAGGACGUGCGGACGAGGAACUAGAGAGUGCGGCUAGUGCGCUCCCCAUGCAGAGGCUGCAUCCACGAGCGGCAGAGAAUCCUGCUGCGGUGCAGGGAGAGGAACUAGAGGAUGGUGAAUGGGUGGCUGUGGAGGCGCUACUGGCGGGACUGGAGCAAGCGGGGCCGCAGGUUUUCGAGGAGACGGAGCGAGGAUUUGAGGAGGCUGGCGACCGCAUCGCAGCUGGCGGCAGGAUGCAUACCACAGCAGAGUUGAUGCGGCGUCUGACCUUGGUGGCAAGGUCCGUGGCGAGGGCUUCGUCGGAGCAACGUGUUCGUUUCAUCGACUGCAUGGCAGAGAUUCGAGAAUUUGGUACGCAGAUGCAAGCCUUGGACAGCCGCUACUUCCAGGACUACGAUGAUCUAACACACGAGAACCACGAGAUCAAGGCCGGGGUGGUCCGGGAACGCGACGAGCUAACCCAAUUGCGUACUGCUCUUUCGGCUUCUGUCGCCGAAGCACGAGCGGCAGCAGCUGAUGCGGGUCGCGCAGCUGCAGCAGCGGCUGUGGAAGCAUUGGAGGAAAGGUUACAGGGGUUUUUCGAGAACUUACGGGAGAAGCUGAAGAGUGUGGUGGAGCAGGUGAUAGAGCAAUCGUCGCUAGAGGCCUCGUUCACAUCCACCUCCAUGGAACACCUGCAAGCGGCUAUUGACAAUAGUGUACUCGCAGUGUGGGAGGAUCUCAGGGCUGCGGACGACCAAAACAAUCUGACUUUCAACAAGAUUCAGAAGGCUCUGGCAGGACUGUCAACAAAGCUCAAAGGGCUGACUGGACCCAGCAAGGUCCGAAAGCCACCCACCGCCAGGGGAGAGGCCACACCAAAGGCUCCGCGAAAGCAGCCCGAAGCAGAUUCCCCAGACAUCCCAAUCUCCUCAGCACAACGAGUCAUUGAAAGGUUUGCCGCAACGUCCGAGGGUGAGGAGGGUGACGCUGGUGAGGCGGGUGAGACGGGCGCUGGUGUGGCAGAUAUUGACUUGUCUGAACCAGUGAGGAGAAACUGGAGAGAGACGUACGCAGCAAAGAACGUGCAGAAAGAGAGGGAGAAGGAGAGCGAAGAGAGGAGGACGGCUGAAGCGCGGAAGCGGCAAGCACUUCAGACGGCGCAAGUGACGGCUGCAAAGAAGAGGCGGGCUGAGAAGGGGUUGGGAAAUACGAGGGUGGAGGACCGUCCUGGGACUAAGCGGCAGGAGGAGGAGCGGAAGAGGGAGGAGGCAAGGAAGGUAGAACGCGAAAAGGAGCAGAAGAGGCGAAAGGAUGAGGAGGAGCGGAAGAGGGAGGAGGCAAGGAAAGCGGAACGCGAAAAGGAGUUGAAGCGGCAGAAGGAUGAGGAGGCGCGAAAGAGGGAGGAGGCGCGGAAGGCAGAACUCGAAAGGGAGCAGAAGCGGCAGGAGGAGGAGGAGCGGAAGAGGGAGGAGGCGAGGAAGGCGGAACGCGAAAAGGAGGAGAAGCGGCAGAAGGAGGAGGAGGAGCGGAAGAGGGAGGAGGCAAGGAAGGCAGAACGCAAAAAGGAGGAGAAGCGGCAGAAGGAGGAGGAGGAGGAGCGGAAGAGGGAGGAGGCGAGGAAGGCGGAACGCGAAAAGGAGGAGAAGCGGCAGAAGGAGGAGCGAAAGAGGGAGGAGGCGAGGAAGGCGGAACGCGAAAAGGAGGAGAAGCGGCAGAAGGAGGAGGAGGAGCGGAAGAGGGAGGAGACGAGAAAGGCGGAACGCGAAAAGGAGGAGAAGCGGCAGAAGGAGGAGGAGGAGCGGAAGAGGGAGGAGGCAAGGAAGGCGGAACGCGAAAAGGAGGAGAAGCGGCAGAAGGAGGAGGAGGAGCGGAAGAGGGAGGAGGCGAGGAAGGCGGAACGCGAAAAGGAGGAGAAGCGGCAGAAGGAGGAGGAGGAGCGGAAGAGGGAGGAGGCGAGGAAGGCGGAACGCGAAAAGGAGGAGAAGCGGCAGAAGGAGGAGGAGGAGCGGAAGAGGGAGGAGGCGAGGAAGGCGGAACGCGAAAAGGAGGAGAAGCGGCAGAAGGAGGAGGAGGCAAAGGCGAUGGAAAGGAGGCGGGCACAGAGGGAGGCGGAGUUAGAAGCUAAGCGCCAGCAGAUUGCUAAGAUUGCGGAAACAAAGCGGUUGGAGGCAGCAAAGCGAAAAAGAGACCUCGAAAUAGAGCGUCGGAAAGCCCUGGAGGAGAUCGAGCGUAUUGCACGGUUAGAGGAAGCCGCAAAGGAGGAAGAGGAGAGGCAACAAAUGGAGUUAGAGGCGGAAACAGAGAAAAUGGAAAACGAGAGGCGACGGAUUGCGGGGGAGGAUGAGGAAGGGGCAGCGGGGCAACGGCAGGGAGGAGAGGCGGAAGAAGGGUGGGCCGGGAUUCUUCAAGUGAUUUCAUUGGUUCCCGAUGAACCGCUGCAAGUAGUUGACCUCGUGGGGGAGGUGGAGGGUUCGGAACAUGUGACAGGCUCUGGAGGUCUAGAGACUCAACCGCCUUUGAAGAGGCUUCGCAUUGACCAGACCGGAACGAACUUCGACGCGGAUGAGGGGUCUUUGGGGGCUGCUGCGUUAGAGGAAUGUGUCGGUGAAAAUGUGUCGGGAAAUCAGAACGUUCAACCAACCUUCGAAAACGUCAUGAACAAGACAAAUGCACGGGUGAAGGACGGCUCACAUUUCCAGGUGGCCGUUUGCACAGGGAUUGGACAGGCCCUGGUACACGGAGGGAGUGGGCUGGUGUCGCCCCCCGCGAAUGUCACUCCCGCGGUCUAUGCAGCGGGAGUAGCUGCAACCCUCUACACCUUGUGGUGUGCCUCGAUCGGCAUUCCCCACCAGGACUGGGCGGAGGGUGCGGAUGAGGCGGCUCGUGGCACGCUCAACGAGGCAAGCCUUGCUAGUCGAGCAACCUCUACUGCUCGCCUCGGAGUGUGGACCUUGAAGGCCGUGAAGAACCUAACGCACGAGAAGGCGGAUUGGGAAGUGGUGCUCACCAAGGCCAUUCUCGGCCUUGUGGAUCCCGAGCCCGGGGAGGCAGAGGCUAUUGAAAUGGCCAAGGUGGUUUCGAGGGUGCUGGUGUACUGGUGCGAGUGCUGUCACGCAAACCAGAGUCUUUACGCGUAUCAGGGUGGGAUGCUCCAUUUUCCCCAGCCCACAAAAGGGGGACGGCGGAAGGGGAAUGCGGGAGGCAACGAGUGA